UUUGUGACGGGUUGAAAAUGGCGGCGGAGGGUAGAUCGCACUAACUUUGACGGAUAACAGCAACACGGUCGGCUAUUUAAAAACGCCAAAAAUUACACGUAGGAUACAACUUCACGGGCAAACUUGAAACGUUAUUCCCUAGUCCUCCCCAGGGCAACGUUCAGAACACAACACCGCAGGAGCUCUCUGACUGAUAAGGUGGAAAGUUGUUGGCUAGCUUAGCCUCAAAAUAACACAGCUAGCAUACAAUUUUAGCGAUCUAGCUGGCGAUCUAGCUAGCUAGCUAAACUUCGGUUGUACCGUGUUAGCGACAGGGUAGCUAAAAGCUUUUCGCUUGCAAGGGUAGUUAGCUAGGUGUACGAGGGGAGUGCGAGGUACAACUUUUGUCAUAUCGACACAGCGACCGCCACAACAGUGUUAGCUAGUUAGCUAAAAAGCAGUCUGAAUACAUAACCAACUAAAUAUUUAUAGCUACAGUCAGUGACUAGCUGUUUUGCUUAUUUGCUCGUGUGCUAGCCAGGGACACCCUCAUCAGCUAGCUUGCUACAGAUGGCUAGGUAACGUUAUAAUGUUAGUAAAGUUAGCCAAAUAGACAUCUCUCCUUGGCUACCUUCGUUUGGCCAAAUGCUUCCAUAUCCGAUGCGAUAAAUGAGAUAUUUACGUGGUUAGUUAACUAAGUAGAUUAAAGAUAAUUAGGGAGCGUGAGACAGUCAAAAAAACAUCUGACGGUGCUAGCUACAUUUUGGGAAAUAGUUAAAUGUUUGCUGGCUAACUCGCUGACUUCCGAAGGUAGAUACAUUUAACGAGUUAGUGAGCUAUAUUAUUAGGAGUGUUUCAGCUAGCGAGCUAUAUUGUUUGGCAUGUUAAUUGCUCACAGGGUCUGUAGCUAGCUAGUUUGCUAGCUAGCUACGUUUUUGAAUCACCGUCAUGUAGCCUACUAGCUGGCUUCUAGCUAGCUGGUUAGCCAGGAUAUUGUAGUGACAAGCAGGCGGUUGUGUAGCUAGCUCGCUACCUAGCAGGUCGUUAGCUAGCCAGGCAUAUUGCUGAACUUAAAAGAAAACACCACAGACCACGUUAUUCCUUCGUUUGGUUCCAUUUUUUUGUUUCAGCCGAUCAAAUAAGAAAAAAAACGAGGUUUAAUAUUUGUAAUAAAGCGUUGUGUCAAUUUCUACUUGGCGACUUAAAUUUCCUGAGUUUGAGCAGCACUUCGUGGUAGUGCCAUUAAGUCGUCUUGGGAAUACUGCUUCAGCGCAAAGUUGAACAUGGAAGAUACACGUCCUCGGUACAGUAAGCGUUUGCGGUCAGGCACGCGACGGCGUUACCAGGAUGACGGUAUCUCCGAUGAUGAGAUCGAAGGGAAAAGGAGCUUUGACCUGGAAGAGAAACUGCAGUGUGAUCGGUUCAACUCCUGUCUGGUCAAACGCAUGGAAGGCAAAGACUUCACUUUUGAGUACAUUCAGAGAGAGGGACUGAGGGACCCCCUUAUCUUUGAGAAACCGGACGGUCUGGGCAUUAAGAUGCCAGAUGAGGAUUUCAGUGUGAACGACGUGAAGCUGUUUGUAGGGAGCAGGAGGGUGAUUGACGUGAUGGACGUGACCACGCAGAAGGGCAUCGAGAUGUCCAUGGCCCAGUGGAGGCGGUACUACGAGACCCCGCCCUCGGAGAGGGAGAAGCUCUACAAUGUCAUCAGCCUGGAGUUCAGCCACACCAAGCUGGAGAACCUGGUGAAGAGGCCGGCAUCGGUUGAUGUCAUAGACUGGGUGGACAACAUGUGGCCCCGACAUCUCAAGGAGAGGCAGAGAGACUCCACCAAUGCCAUAAUCGACAUGCAGUACCCCAAAGUGCAGAAGUACUGCUUGAUGAGUGUGGAGGGCUGUUUCACCGACUUCCACAUCGACUUUGGUGGCACAUCCGUCUGGUACCACAUACUGCGGGGUGGGAAGGUGUUCUGGCUGAUUCCUCCCACGCCCCAGAAUCUGGAGCUGUACGAGAACUGGGUUUUGUCAGGGAAGCAAGGUGACAUCUUCCUGGGGGACAAGGCCAGUCACUGCCAGAGGAUUGAGCUGAAGCAGGGAUACACCUUCAUGAUCCCCUCAGGCUGGAUCCAUGCAGUCUACACCCCGGUUGACACUCUGGUGUUCGGAGGAAACUUCCUGCACAGUUUCAACAUCCCUAUGCAGCUGCACAUCUAUAACAUAGAGGACCGAACGAGGGUUCCAGCAAAGUUCCGCUACCCCUUCUACUAUGAGAUGUGUUGGUAUGUGCUGGAGAGAUACCUUUACUGCCUGACCAAUACCUCACACCUUACUCCUGAGUUCCAGAAACACUCCCUGGGCAUUGGACUGAAGCCAGAAGAUUCCUCCUGUGCUAAGAAGACUCUAAACGGCCACAUAGAAAAGGGUGAUGAGGAGGAGGACGAGGGUGAAGAGUCACUGCCCACCCCCACCAAGCCAGGGGUCAAAGUUCACCUCACGCCCUUUGAGCUGGAGGGCCUGUGGAACCUGUUGGGGAAGCUGGAGUCUCUGCCGUCUCACAAGAAGUGCGUCCCGGCGGGCAUCCACAACGCCCCCGCCCUGCUGCACGACAUUCGGGCCCUGCUGGAGGAGCAUGCUAACGAUGACCCCAAACUGUCCUACACCGGAAGGCCCAUCGUCAAGUGGCCAAAAAGGCCGUCGUGGUACCAGCCCCCGCCCACCCCCCCGCCGCUGCUGUACCGGCCCCGGCUGUCGUCCUCGCUGCCGCACCCCCUGCCGCCCCCCCGGCCCACCAAGCCGCCCUCGUCCAUGUCGGCGCUGCGGCGGAGGCGUGUGCGCUGCAAGCGCUGCGUGGCCUGCCUGCGCACCGAGUGCGGCGACUGCAACUACUGCAGGGACAUGAAGAAGUUUGGAGGCCCCGGCCGGCUCAAGCAGACCUGCAUACUGCGCCAGUGCCUCGCCCCGGGGCUCCCUCUCUCGGCCGUGUGUGGGGUGUGUGGGGAAGGCAAUCAGGACCCUGACGAGACUCCAGUCUUCUCCCUCACGCUCAUGGAGUGCUCCAACUGUGCCCAGAUCGUCCAUCCCGACUGCAUCAAGGUGUCAGGGGAGGGAGUGGUGAACAAAGACCUGCCCAGCUGCUGGGAGUGUCCCAAGUGUACGCUGGAGAAAGCUGCCAACUCAGAGUCCUCGAGCAGUGACGACGACAGCGCAGACUCCGCGGGCUCCCUCUCCCCGUCGGCGCCCCCCUCGGAGAAGCGCCCCCACGGUGACGGGGUGGGGGCGGGAGAGGGGGACGAGGGCGGCGGGGGAAGGCUACCUCGCCGUGGCCGCCCUCCCCCGCCCCUCUUCUCGCUGACCCAGGCCCGCUCGCGCCGUGUGGCGCCCCCUCCCUCCCACAGGCUGCUACUGCAGCAGCAGCAGAACAGGAAGCGGGCCGGUGCCCUGGAGCUGCGGCUGGGGAAGCGGAUGAAAAUGGAACGGGACAAAAUUUUGCCAUCAAAGCGAAAGUCUUCCUCUCUGGACUCCAGUUCCCCGAAACUCCUCCGUCGCCGCAGCCAGGACAGGGACGGCAGCGAUUCUGCGGGGGACCGAAAAAUGCCCCCCCACCUCAGGGGUUCCCCACGCGCCCCGUCUCGCCUGUCCGCUGAGAGACUGCACCGGGGCAACGGGGUCGGGAGGCGGGGGCUCUGGAGGGGCUCCGCCCACCGCAUGGGACAGGGAGGCAGGCUCACGCCCAAUUCCCCCCUUGGCAUGAGGCGCAGGCUGGGGGUGAGGGAGAGGGGCCGAGGGGUGCGGCUCCGAGGCGUGGCCAGGCCCCAGCGGGGCAGGGAGGACAUGAAGGAGGAGGAGAAGGACAACGAGUGCGGCGAAGAGGAGGAAGAGGAGGCUGAAGAUGCGCAGCGCGGUGGCAGGCUGGACAAGGAGAACAGGCCACACAGACGGAGGGGCAGAGCGAGGGAGGAGGAAGAGGAGGAGGAGAGCGAAGGGAGGGAGCAGGGCGGAGGAGAGGAGGGCGAAGAGGAGGAGGAUGAGGAGGAUGAUGAAGACAGAGAGGAGGACGGUCGCGCCGGCUCGGCUGCGGACCCGGUGCUGCUGGUGUCAGACCUCAGCGAGGACCGGCUGAACGGCUCCUACGUGACGGUGAAGCUACAGCGCCCCCCGAAGGCCAAGCGUGACCCCGGUUCCAUUGUGCCCAAACUGGAGGCGGCCAUGGCCCCCAGGGCCCCUGGCAGCCAGGGCUACGUCCAGCGCAAGUCCCUGCAGCGGCCGCAGCCGAAUAACGGCAGGGGCGGGGCGGAGGCGGUGCGCUCGGCCGGGCUAGCUGGGCACCCGCGGCUCCACCCCCCCGGCCUGUCCCAGCCGCGGCAGCUGGAGGCGCGCGUGAUGGUGUCCCGGGUGGACGGGAAGAGGGAGGCGGGCUGCCCGUCCACCUCGGCCCCGCCCGCGGCCGCGCCCCCCUCCGUCCUCUCGCUGGCCUCGCUCAGGGACGCCGGCGGCGGGCCGGCCUGUGAGAAGGAGGUGUGGGUGUCCGUGUUCCGCUACCUGACCCGCGCCGAGCUCUGCGUCUGCAUGACUGUCUGCAAGAGCUGGUACAAGUGGAGCUGUGACAAGCGCCUGUGGACCCGGAUAGACCUGAGCCGCUGCCGGUCCAUCAGCCCCCAGGCCCUGUCUGGCAUCAUCAAACGGCAGCCAGUCUCGCUGGACCUCUCCUGGACGCCCGUCACUAAGAAGCAGCUCACCUGGCUCAUCAACCGGCUGCCAGGGCUGAAGGACCUGAUCGUUUCGGGGUGCUCCUGGUCCUCCGUCUCCGCGCUGAGCUCCCCGAGCUGUCCCCUCCUGCGCACCCUGGACCUGCGCUGGACAGAGGGCGUAAAGGACACCCAGAUUCGGGACCUGCUCACCCCUCCAGGCUGCGAUAACCGCAGCAAGCUGCGGAACAUGCUGUCGUUCCGGCUGGCGGGGCUGGAGAUCAGCGACUCUACGUUGCGCCUCGUCAUCAGGCACAUGCCGCUGCUGGCGCGGCUCGACCUGUCGCACUGCCGCGGCGUCACCGACCAGUCCGUCAACCUGCUGACCGCCGUCGGCUCCUCCACCCGCAACACGCUCACCGAGAUAAACCUGGCAGGCUGUAGCAAGCUGACGGACACCUGCCUGACGUACCUGAAGCGGGUGUCCAGCCUCACCCUGCUGGACCUGCGGGGUUGUAAACACGUGGCGCGGCAGGCCUGCGAGAGCUUCAUCGCCGAGCUGUCCGUCAACGCCCUCUACUGCCUGUCCGAAGACAAACUCAUCCAGAGGAUAUCCUAGAGCCCCUCCCACACCACUCGGGGACAGCAGGAGACUGUGGGGGGCGGGGGGGGGAGAGACUGCACUGCCUGAUGGAGGGAGGUUGUGCUUUUCCGUGUGAAAGACUGCAAGCGAGGAAGAGCUGAACUGCCAAGAUCUGACAGAGAGAGGAGCUAUAAAUGGAACCGACAGAGACAAUAUUGUGAAGUGACUCUUUUGGGGGGGGGGAGCAAACAGCAAACGCUGGUCAUCCAGAGCUGGAGGUAGAGACUUGUUCAGAAGCCUGUGGUUCUCCUGGCCUCAGAGAGAGAGAGACUGUAAGGGGGGAGAGACCUCACCAGGUGCCUCACUGUUGGAGAGAAGACUCGCCUGGUACAGAGGGAGCUACUUAAAUCUUGUAAAAAGGAAGCGAUCGAGAAAUCACUGUUCCAAAUAUUGAAGUUUAAGUCCCAA